GUAUUCAAAGAUGCGAAAGGAACACCAGAAAAACCGUGGGAAAGGAACACCAGAAAAAUAUAACUAUAAUAAUGAUACGAUAGCUAUAAUAAUGGAAAGUACGUUACAGAAAUAAUGAAAAAACAAAGAAAGUUUGUAUGAACCUGCUAAAAUCUACAGAUUGGCAGUUAAUCGUCCUGGCUCUGUGGCUGCAAAAAUCGCGGAACUGGGAAGGGAUAGCGAGGGCAGCUUCCUCAUGCAUAGUUGCCGGAAUUGGGUUUCGUUGUCUUGGGUAUAAAACUUGUUGAUCAUGAGAGCAUUGUUACGACUAAAAGUCGACUUAACAACUCCGUGAGGCAUCCCGGCAAGUCAGCGUCGUUAUCAAAUGUAAUGUCUGAUGCUUUCGAAUGGGCCAAGUACAAGCACUAGCCGUCAGUCGUGGAAAGAAUGCAGCAGAACCACGUUCUUUCCCGAAUCUGGCGACACUUCCACCAGAGAUGGCGCACUUUGUGUUGUCAUAUUUAAAUGCAACCGACCUAUGCCUUGCAGCCUGUGUGUGGCAACAGCUUGGAAAUGACGAUAUACUAUGGCAAGGGUUAUGCAAAAGCAACUGGGGAUUCACAUCAGCUUAUUUCAGGAAUUCAAACAAAUGCAGUUUCAAGGAGCUAUACAUGCUGUUGGAUGAGGGAAGACUUACCUUUAAUUAUGACCCAGAAAAGGGUAUUUCAUACCUAAUAAGUCAUAAUGUUCUUGAAGAUGAUCCUGUUGCCAUUGCAAAGUUUCUCAGCAAUUCAAAGACUGACUUGCUUAAGCCAGAUAAACUCUCAGAGUAUCUCAAAAACAGGAGAGAUAUCUUACAAAAAAUGAUUUGUCUCCAAAAUUUUAGAAUGCAGUCAUUACCAAAUGCACUCAGACAAUUCUUCAAACUAGUAAGCCCUCCAACGACAAGAGGGGAAUAUUUAGAAGAAAUAUUAAGUGGUUUUGCAGCGCAGUACCUUCGAUGUAAUCCUGAAUGUGGCCUUCCUCAAGAAACGGUGUACAUCCUGUGUUAUUCCUUAAUUCUACUAUGCGUGGAUCUCUAUAGUCCUCAGGUGAAACGCAAAAUGUCAAAACGAGAGUUCAUUAAAAAUUUACGAGGUCUUGCCCUUGGUGCAUGCGAUGAUUUUAUUGGAGAUUUGUACGAUGACAUUUAUAUACAAGGACAUAUUGCCAAGCCAUUGGAUAAAGUGUACAUAAGAGCUCCGAUGUUUCGGUAUGAACGUCCUUAUGGUAAUAUUUUUGUUCAAGCCUAAUUGCUUGCAUCAAGCUCCAUGCCUUAUAGGCGUGGUUAGCUUGUAUAGCCAAAUAGUUUUUUAGAUCCAGUUAACCCAGCUAAAUAAUCUUUCCUCCUUUACAUUCUGGUAUAUCUUCUCAGUGCUUGCUGUAUGAUGCGUGCAUAUAACUAGUAUGUGCAUGU